CUACAGCAUUUUCUUGAUUUGAAAGCUUUGCUCUAUUGAAAUUGAUGUGUUGAAUCAAUCUAGAUAAACCACCUGCUAAUUCAUUCGGCAAAAGUGGAUGAGUGAAAGUCUAAAUCGGAGUGGGUGGAAUGUUUUAUAUUCAAUAAUUUAUUGCUUAUUCUCUUUAUCAAAGUUUUGAACCGCAGCUGCCUUAGAAACUGAAGUCAAAAUGAGAACUCUCUCUUACGCAAUUUUUGUAAUUUUCAUCAAUUUGGUAAAAGGUUUAAUAAUAAACCCAAGAUUUCACGACAACUGGCAUCUGGUUAACCCAUUGAACUGCGGGACCCAGCCUCACCUCCAAGCUAAGAUCAACACUGAAGAUUCAACCCUUACUGAUUACGUUCCACUGGAUCAAUUCAGAAGGGAUGCUAAACAGGGAGAAUAUCCUUGGGUGGUUCUAAUUUCAAUACAGAUAAGAGGAACACCAGAGAAGAAAGCAGUGAAAUAUAACUGCAUGGGUUCGAUCAUUACCAAACGAUUCAUUCUGACAGCAUCAAGUUGCUUCACAGUAUAUCCUAUUGAACCGAGAUCUGUUAAAAUAAGAGUUGGAUCAGUUGAUACAGUCACGGAUACUAGCUGUGAUUCAGAAGAGAAAUGCUCUCCAGAUAAAGCGGUUUACCACGCUGAAUCAGUUGUACUCUAUAACACCAAUUCACCGGCUGAAGAUGGCGAGAAUAUCGCACUUGUGAAAACUUCCAGAGACAUAAUUUUCAAUGAUAAUGUGCUACCAAUCUGCUUGGAGCAUGGCGAACUACUGGAGCAAGACUAUGCGGGGGAAGAGGGAGUCAGGGUAUCUGGAUGGGGCACCAAUUCUGAAGACGGCAAUUACUACAGCAAGCUUCAGCAUGCAGCAGUACCUGUUUUCACCCAGGAAGAGAAUGAAAAGGUGUACAACCAUUUGCCGAGCACAUUCACAGGUGUGGAGACUUAUGAGUCCUAUUUCUGUGCGGGGGGGCCAGCAGGCGAAUCUCAGCUUGAUAACGAUGUCGGAGGCCCGUUCGUGUUGAAAAGACUGGUCCCAGAAGAUGGCCCUGCGCGGUAUUACCUGUAUGGCAUUCUAUCAUUCAAAGCCAGCGUCUAUUUCCCUUCACAUGGCUCGGUCGAUGUCUACACCAAGGUCAGGAACUACUUCGAGUGGAUACUGGACCACAUUGAUGCUUGACAACUGCCUCAGUCAGCUUAUUGUAUUUCACACAAAAUAAUUAUUGUAUUUUGGAACAUUUUGUGAGAACACAAACGUGCUAAACAAUAAAUAAUUAUCGAACAAUAAACAAAAAUAUGGGUUUGAAAUGUUGUUAUUGAUAAAAAUCAUGUUUCAUAUAACAUUUU